UGGGGAGCGGAGGGCGCAGGGAGCGGGCGGGGGCUGCGGCGCCAUGAAGCUGACGCGGAAGAUGGUGCUGUCCCGGGCCAAGGCGUCGGAGCUGCACAGCGUGCGCAAGCUCAACUGCUGGGGCAGCCGGCUCACAGAUGCAGAGACUGACCAGCAUGCAGAACUGGGACUGUGGGGCCAGCCCAGGGCCCAGGUCUGCUCUGCAGACCUGACAUUGUGAAGAUCCACUUGCAAUUCUGCUUUGAGCCUGCUUCCAUCAGCAAGGAGAGCGUCCACCCUCUCCUUGUACCUCAGAUUUCCAUAUGCCGGGAGAUGCCCAGCCUGGAAGUGAUCACACUCAGCGUCAACAGUGUCUCGACUCUGGAGCCUGUGAGCAGCUGCCAGCGCCUGAGUGAGCUGUACCUGAGGAAGAACUGCAUCCCCAGCCUGGAUGAGCUGUUCUACCUGAAGGACCUGCCACACCUCAGGGUGCUGUGGCUGGCAGAGAAUCCAUGCUGCGGCCCCAGCCCCCACCUCUACCGCAUGACCGUCCUGCGCAACCUGCCCCACCUGCAGAAGCUGGACAACCAAGCUGUGACCGAGGAAGAACUAACACGUGCACUAAUGGAGGGAGAUGAGAUCACUGCUGCCCCCGGCAGAGAUGGUGCAGGCAAUGGGUGUCCCAAGCCCUCCUACACCCUCAGCUCUGACAGCUCCACACCUGAGACCAACCAGAGCCUGCUGAGCUACACGGAGGAGGCAGAAUUGCUGUGCCUGGAGCCCUCCAACCCUCACCAUCUCCUUACUGGCAGUGUCCAGGGUCAGCUUGGCUCAAAGACUUCUGCUGGGGGCCAGUCUCCUUCCUUCUCACAGAGGGAUGCUUUGAGGAGUCACAAGAACAGGGCCCCAGGUCACUCUCUUUGUCCCCAGAACAUCUUGACUGCCAUCCUGCUGCUGCUACGGGAGCUGGACACAGAGGGACUUGAGGCUGUCCAGCAGACUGUGGGCAGCCGGCUCCAGGCACUGCACCGGCUGGAACCCCCGGAGGACAUGGAGUGACCUCAUACACCCAGCACCUGGAUCCUGCUCCAUCUUUGCAGAAACACAGCUCUACCUGGAAAGCCUCUUUCAGUGUUCCUGCCAUCAGGCCAGUACAGGGGCAGCCACACUAGCUGGGCAGACCCUCUCCUGUGUCCAGGGCUGGCAGAGAUACUGCCCACCAGGAUGGUCCCUGGGACUUAGCUACAGAGGCCUUGAUGUUCUGGGCUCCCCCACCCCCGACCCCUCAGGGAGGGCUGUGCGGGCCAUCCCCUCCAAUAAAGUACUUUCCGUCUGGGCUCCUCUCUCAGUGGGAGGCGCAGCCCUGACCUUGGGUCCGUGCUGCUUCUCAGCAGCUGGGGGAACCCUGCAGUGUUGCUGCCUGUGUCAGUCCUGUCAUUGGGCUGGUUUCUGUCCUCACAGAGAUGGCGGAAAUGUCAUGUAGACACUGCCUCAGUGUCCGUAGCUGGCACCACAGCUGGCCCUGCUCGGGAGGGUGUCUGCUCAGGACAAGGCUGGGCAGGACACGCCUCCCCUUGUUUCCCUUCAGGAGUCAUUGUGUUGGGUUCACCCAGAGUGGACAGUCACAGGCCUGUGUCUGCUUGCCAUUUUGAGGCAUCAGAUGUCUCAAUCAAGUCUUUAUUAGAACACGUGAGGGUCACUGUGACUUACCCACCAGGCAGGGCCACCUUGGUGCCUUGGGGUGGGCUUGCGCUUGUAGAGAACAGAGAGGUGUAGGUUAGCAUGUGAGACGACAGAAAGGACCCCAUCACCUACUGAGAGCUAUGCUCAGGGCAGAGCAUGCCCAACAAAGCCUUCUGCAGAUAAUAGACUGGCUCUGUAAAUGACCUGUGGAGGGUUUUGAUACUGAAGACCCAGGCCUUUCAGCCUUUGACCUCUCUCCAGCUCUGGCCCAUUUCUAAUCUUGGAAGUGCCUUUUCCCUUAAUAAACUGUUUCUACCACUA